GCGGUGGCGGGCUCCUCCGAAACGGUGGCGGCUACGAACGGACGACUGCAGCCAUGGCUAUGCAGGUGCAGUUCGAGGCAAACGCCGACACAUCUGCAGAGGAGGAGAGCUUUGGCCCAGAGCCCAUAUCUAGGCUAGAGCAAUGUGGGAUAAAUGCAAAUGACGUGAAGAAAUUAGAAGAAGCUGGAUAUCACACUGUUGAGUCUGUUGCACAUGCACCCAAGAAGGAGCUGUUAAAUAUUAAAGGCAUCAGUGAAGCCAAAGCUGAUAAAAUCUUGGCUGAAGCAGCUAAACUGGUUCCAAUGGGUUUUACCACAGCAACGGAAUUCCAUCAGCGGAGGUCUGAAAUCAUCCAGAUCACCACUGGGUCCAAAGAACUUGAUAAACUUCUUCAAGGAGGAAUAGAAACAGGGUCCAUAACAGAAUUAUUUGGGGAGUUUCGUACUGGAAAAACACAGUUGUGCCAUACUUUGGCAGUAACCUGUCAACUUCCCAUUGACCAAGGAGGUGGAGAAGGAAAAGCCAUGUAUAUUGACACUGAAGGCACCUUCCGUCCAGAACGUCUUCUUGCUGUGGCUGAAAGGUAUGGCUUGUCUGGCAGUGAUGUCCUGGAUAAUGUGGCGUAUGCUCGAGGCUUUAACACAGAUCACCAGACCCAGCUGCUCUAUCAGGCAUCUGCUAUGAUGGCUGAAUCACGGUAUGCACUGCUGAUAGUGGACAGUGCAACAGCUCUGUAUCGGACAGAUUACUCUGGAAGAGGUGAGCUGUCAGCGAGACAGAUGCAUCUGGCCAGAUUUCUGCGUAUGCUUCUCCGACUUGCAGAUGAGUUUGGUGUGGCUGUUGUGAUCACUAACCAAGUUGUGGCACAAGUAGAUGGAGCAGCCAUGUUUGCAGCAGAUCCCAAGAAACCUAUUGGAGGAAAUAUCAUAGCCCAUGCGUCCACCACCAGACUUUAUCUGCGAAAAGGCCGAGGUGAAACCAGAAUAUGUAAAAUUUAUGACUCUCCUUGCCUUCCUGAGGCUGAAGCAAUGUUUGCUAUUAAUGCUGAUGGAGUGGGAGAUGCAAAAGAGUGAAGACUUCAUCUCAUUCCCCGUGUAAACUAAGACUGGGUGGCCACAAUCGGCUCCUGUGAUGGAAGCUUUCCCAAUGCACCUGCUGUUCAAAUGCUGUCCGAGGAUUCUGUUGUAUGUCAGCAUACGUGUUCAUCAUGUGAAUCCAAUUUGAGACAUGUCUGCAGGUGUUGCUUGGAAGAGACUGGGUUUUAGUCAAGUGUUAGGUUAAUGUGGUUUCUUGAGAAUAUUUUCAGAGGACCAUAUGCUUGAAGUUUUCUUCACAGCUGUUGCUCCCAUUGAGUUCUACAGGUGGACAUAGCACAGUGAUCUGAAAAUUUGUGGCAAUAGUUUGUAAUUUAAUGACUUUGAAGUAAGUCAGGUAAGGAACGUGGUGGCUUGAGAACAUAACAGGUUGCCUUAAUAAUUAGUUACAAAAUAAAGCAGAAUAGCAUUCCACAAAAAGAAUGUGUGAAUAUUGCUGUGUCUGAGAUUAUGAUCGACCCCUAAACUUUUUGUUAAUUUUGCUUUGAAUUCUGCAAUAUGCUGCUUUUUGGGAACUGCUAAUUUACAUUUCAAUAAUGUUGUUUAUUGUAUGUCAUUAUUUCUCUCUGGAAAUCUGCUUUUUAAUAAAAAG